CACCUUAUUUCUUCUUCAUUUCACUUUCAACUUUCACCCAUCCUUUAAUUUCCUCUUCCCCCCAUGUUUCCAUUCUAAAGGAAGGGCAAAACAAAAUAAAACACAAAACGAACAAUAAAAUAAAAGAAACAACAAGAGUCGCAUUGAUCAUUUCCCCAUCUUUCUAGUUCUCACAUCAUUCCACUUUCAAAGAUGGCUGUUCGACCAAUCUUUGUUGUCAUGCUCCUUGCCACCCUGGCAUUCGCCAUGGUGGCUGAGUCGUCCCUCUCCUCCCACUUCAACGACCCUGCAGUCAGUGUAGUCACCCGUCAGAACACUGACGGGGGGCUUCAGGAACUGACUGCAGGUCGCGUCGGGGACACAUUGUUCGAGGAUGAAGAGAUGAUGAUGCCGUCAGAGUCGGCCCGGAGGACCCUCUGGAGACGGGAUGACCACAUCAGCUACCGGGCCAUGGCGAAGAACGCUAUACCGUGCGACCGUCGCGGCGCAUCUUACUACCAGUGCACCCGCAUGCAGCAGGUUAGGCCUUAUAGGCGUGGCUGCAGCAAAAUCACCAGAUGCAAACGUCGUUAAAACGUCUAUUCUAGUUGCAUGGCUGUACCAUGCAACGUAACCAUGGAAUGGAAACCGUAAUUUGCAAGCAUCGCAGAGAAAAUAAAAUAUAUAUAAACUACUAAUACUCGGUGAACAUUUCGUCUUUUAAUUGCGACUAUAUAUAUAUUAUAUAUAUAAUAUACUAAGAUAAACAUGGAAUGGAUAUACAUUUGCUAGUUAAGGCGCUUUUGUUUCUCCAUUCCAUAUAUUAUUUUAACUUCCCUUCCUGAUGUUUACAUUGAUACUAUUGUGCCAUCAUUAGAAGAUGAUUCUUUGGUGGUGAAGAAUUUGUAAAUUGGUGAAAUAAUAUAUUUACAGAUUCUUAAUAUACUUCUUCUUCCUUUUUGUC